CUAGAGUAUCCAAGGUCGAGCGAGGUUCGCGUUGGCGGAUUGCUUGGCGUCCGUGCUCUGUGUGUGUGUGUGGGGGGGGGGGGACGAUGGGCGGAAAAAUUGGGUCACACUGGUGGAGGUGAUCGACAUCGAGUGAGGUUUCUAUCUCCCGUUCUUCUUCUGACGGUCGAUUCACAGGGUGGGGGAAAAACUCUUAAUUGUGUAACGUAAGUGGGAGGGAGUGGGAGGGGUUUAACUGGGGGAGCAGAUCGGGUGAGUAACCUUGUGGUGAGUAACUCCAUGCAUAACCCAAUAAUAAUCUGCCACAUCAGCGUCUCCUUCUCUCUCCUGAAAAAAUCAUUAAUUUUCUUUUCCUUAAUCUUUAACGGACGAUUUCUCAAUCGUUUUAACUCGGAAUUUAAUUUUUUUGCACAGUUAGAUCAGAUUAAUUGUGCUCUUCAAAAUGAUAUCCACUUUGAUAUUUUUUGGAACAAAAAAAAUUUGUCAGUUAAUACCAGUCAAUACUAUAUGGUAUUGACUGGUAUUAAAUAACAGCAUAUCAUUUGGUAUGAAAAAUACCACCUCAUACCAGGGUGGUAUAGUAUGGUAUGGAGUUGGUAACGAUUCAAAAUGAUAUCCACUUUGAUAUUUUUUGGAACAAAAAAAAUUGUCAGUUAUUACCAGUCAAUACCAUAUGGUAUUGACUGGUAUUAAAUAACAGCAUACCAUAUGGUAUGAAAAAUACCACCUCAUACCAGGGUGGUAUAGUAUGGUAUGGAGUUGGUAACGAGAGGUAUGAAAUUUUUUCCCCAAUAAAAUUUUGAAAUCCAAUAGAUUAUGAUUAAAUCGUUCCUUUUGUGCAAAAAUUUCCAAAAAUGACUAAACAACGAAGGAGAUACCAUAUGGUAUGGAGUUGGUAAUGAGAGGGAUGCAAAAAAAUUUUCUCAAAAAAUAUUGAAAAUUGAUAUCAUUUUGUAGAGCACAACGAACUCGUUCCAUUUGUGAAAAAAAAAAUGAAAUCCGAGUUAGAAUGAAGAAGAUAUGAUCCAAUUAAGAAAAUUAGGGAAAAUAAAUUUUUUUAAUUCUUCACCCUUAGAUCUGCAGCCACUUAAAAGAAGGGUCCAUACUUGAUUACUCAUUGUUACUCACUCUAAGGUUACUCACCCUAUCUUGAGCCCUUAAUUGGGACGUGGGUUUGGGUUUUUAUGUAUUUAAUUUUUUUUCUUUUGUUGCUGAUGGGAGGGAGUAAACGUGUAGAUGAUGAUUGUGAUAACAAUAAUAAUAACAGUUAUUAUUGUUAUUAUUAUUUCUAAUCUAUGGUCGCAACCUUUUCUAUUCUAUUUCCUCCCCCUUAAAAUAAUUUCGUCCCCAAAAUUGGAACUGUAACCUCAGUCUCCGGAUUAUCUCGACAGGGAUGUCACAUUUCCUCCCCAAGAAAAAUGUCGGCCUCAAAAAUUUGUUCACUCGUGAUAACCCAUAAUCUCACUUGGGACAAUCCUUCUACUACAGGUAUUUAUAAUUCCUUUACUUUGUGCGACCUUGAGCUAUGAAUCCUUCCCUCCAAUUCAUGUGAUUCUUGACCGACUGAUAACUCACUCAUUUUUCGUAACUCUUUAUUUGUGAUUGACACGUAAAUCCCUUAGGUCGUUGUACCUACUUACUAUGUAUCUCUUACUUUCGUUCUAUACUCCGUCUUAGCCUUUAAUCAUCUUCUGCAUGAUCAUCUCCUUUUUACUUACUGUGUAUCGCUGAAAUCCCCAUACCAUUGCUCUUACUCUCUAUGAGCAUUAGCAACAUCCGUUGCACAUUCGCUUAACUCGCGAUCAAAUUUCUGAUUCUCUCGUGAAUCAUGGCACCCCCUUUUAGCUUACUUGUUUACUACUGGGCGUCUUACUUAAUACUCUCCUAUCGUCGCUUUCCUUGGGAGUCCUCAUACUAUAUCAUUCUUUGACCUUGAUUGAAAUUAGUUGCACUUGUUCUUCCAAGCUGACCCCCGCUAUUUGCCAUGCUAUCUUAGUCGGUCUAAUAAGACUUGAAGAAGAAAAGAAAAAAAAAAAAUCCAUGAUAUCGACCUCCAGUCACCAUCUGCCCACUCGGAAAUUCGAUUACCCUCUCACCAUUUAAGAUGAAUAUGAUUCCACUUCAGUGCAUCCAAUAUGUUCUUAUCCCUAAUUAAGGUGGCUGCACUGGACCCAUCAUUGUCAAAAUUCUUGAAUAAAUCUGGUUCUCUAUUACAACGGUACCUAUCUUCUUGAUGAUUUAUGACUACGUGACUUUACAAUGGAUUACCGAUCCAAGCCACUCCUCGGGUCCACGUCGGCACGUCUGAUAGAAACAUGGUUGUUAGGGUUUUCUAUUAUUAAUUAUGGUAGAAUAAUUAUUAUUAGGGUUGAGUCAUAUUAGGAUAGUCUAUAAGGUUUUUCUAGUCCUUAGCUAUAAAUAUGUACUCUGUGUCUUUUGUGGGAUUAAGCAGAAAUCAGUAAAAGAAUUAUUCUUCUAAACCCUAAGCUCUCCCUAUCUCCUAAUUUCUCUUCGUCCCAAGUCCAAGGUUUCGGCCGAUUCUUAUUCUGUUCUUCCUCUCCUAAUCUCAAUCUCAAUCCCUAAUUCUGUUCUUAAAUCCCUAAAUCCCAAUUCCACCAUUCGAUCGAUAGAAUCCUAAAACCAGGUUCUAUCAUUUGGUAUCAGAGCCUACAAUGAGCUCGAUACGACUCCCUGAUUUGGACUGGACCUGUGUGCAACAAUGGAUUGACGCCAUCCAGGCUGCCCAAGCUCAGACAGCGGGUGAACAGGGCCGCGACCUGGUGACAGCCGAGACGAUGGAGUGGCGCGCGGCGUUGCAGGUGGCGGCGGCCGCUCAGCAGCGGCGGUCCACGCCGACAGCCGACCUUGGCGUCGCGGCGGGCGAAGCGAAGUGGCUGGAGGAGGCGGCCGAGCCCUGGGUGACUGGUGGCGAGUCGCGGCUAUCGACGCCGACGGGCGACCGCGGGGUCGCGACGCGACAGGAGGAGGCGCCGCAGGUCGUUGCGGGGGAUCGGCGGCGCGAAUCGCCGAGCGCGGCGGUGAAGGGCGCCGGGGUCGUGGCUGCGGCGGCAGCGCAUGGCAAGGCGCGGCGGGCCGAGGCGCUGGACCGGCCGGAUGCGGCAGGGGCGCGGCGGUGUGAGGCCUUCGCAGGUGGAGGAGCGACGACCUUCACGGCGGGACGAGGGGGAGAGGCGCCAGACGGAUUGCUGGUCGGCGGAGAAAGAGACGGCGAUGGCGGGCGGCGUCUCGAGUAAGAUGAAAAAGAAGGAAGAGGUUGGUGGCGGCUGGGGCUCUCUUCUCGCAUACCCUAGCUCGCUUGAUUUGGGCCAAGGAGCACAACAGGAGCAGUUGGGCCAAGCGAAUGGGCCUGCCCUUUCUCCUGCAACCUAUGUCUUACUUGGGCCAAAGGGAGUGACUGGUUUGUUGGAGAAUGAAGGUAGAACCGUCAAAAUUGGGCUCUAGUCGUUUGGCCCAUUUGUGAAGGUAAGCUGUUGCGGUUCGGGCCACAAGUUGGCAAGUGAGGUGCUGGUUGUUGGGCCAAAACUUGGACGUGUAUGGGCCUAACAAUGGCUGAGAUGCGGGUCAAGUUUGGGAAGGCUCAAUAUAACUCAAGGAUAUGA